AUGAGUAAUGCAAUAAAUAAACAACCAUCAUCUUCAAAUUUAAAUGAUGUUGAACAACAAGAUCAAUUAAUCGCAACAAAAAAUGUUAGUCCAGUUGUUGAACAACGAGACAAUUUUCCAAAAGGUUUACGAGGUGGUGGUGCUUGUUUCGAUUGUUUGGCAUGUUUAUGUUUCUGUUGUGCACUUGAAGAAAUUGCUUGUUUCGAAUGUUGUCGAGACUGCUAA